AUGGUAACAUCUUGGUCCCCUGAAAAGCAGGACGUCCUUGAGCUUUUUGUUCAAUCUAAAAAGGGCCUCACCGAGAACAUCCGUCACCGAGCAGCUCUGGAGGGCCAUACGUCCUUGACGGCCUUCGUUAGCGGCCCAUACGGCGUAAGCAAGUCUGUCGACAUGUAUGAAUGCAUCCUAGCAGUCGCAACCGAUUUUGGCAUUGCAGGAGUCAUCUCUUAUCUUAAAAAGCUUCUAUAUGGGUAUAACACCUCCACCUCGCACGUCCGCCGGGUGCACUUUGUAUGGCAAGUUCAAACAUUAGACAUUGCUGUAGCAGCCCAACCAUUACUUAAUAGUUUACUGAGUGACGACGUCUUGGACGAUGGCUAUGUGAAGCAUGGCAAGCCUUUCGGCCACCAUCGCCGAGCGACAGUCUUCAAUGGAACGCCGCAUUACGAGAACAUAAUUGCAGAAGAGGCCUCCGGCCGGAAAGUCAGAAGAUUGGCGAACACACAUGAAGUUCGUGGUGAUGUGCUUGUACUUGAGGAUGAGAAAGUGGGGUUGGAUGAUCUAAGUGUCCUAUGGGAAGAUGAAGAUCCUAUAGAAUGGGAUACCUGGCUUGCAACGGAUGCAUUUCAGGAUAAUGAGAGCCCGAACCUCUCAUAUUUCACCUCAAACUACUUUGAGUAUAGCAACCAGGCUCCUAAUCAACGAGAACAUACUCCUCGUGCUCUCAUGAAGCAGUCAGAAGGUCCCCUCUUAGUUACAUCUGAGGGCAUAGCUAAGUCUUUAUCGACGGCAUAUUCUUCCCAAGAGCCAAAUGAUCUCCGCGCGCUAUGCCUCUUAGACAGGAAUCCGCAACUCAAGCAGCCCACAGAUGAAGGUGGCUUUAUGAAAGAGUCGGCCACUCUGAGCAUAUGCGAAACUCUGAUGGAUCAACAUGGCUCUUUCCAGCUCGAAAAUGGAAGCCAGCACAAUGCUCUAUCCUUAACAACAGAGGCCAAACCGCAGUCUACUAAGGUGGAUACACCCAAUUCACUGAAACAGCCAGUUCUGAUUUUAGAGCGGACGCAUGAAUAUACUGACUGCAUAAAGACAAUAUGUGAAAUCACCACUGGCCAAAUGUUGACUGAAAGUCAAUCUCAAGAAAUCAAGAAUUGUGGCGAUGAUCUAUUAAAGGCCAUGCAGUCAGAAGGCGUGGUUACGAAGUUAAAGUUACUUCUGGCCGAAUGCCAUAUGCAUACAUUACUUGAUGUUGACUCAAACCGCUUCAAUUCCUCAGUGACAGCGUGUGUGACAUAUUUGGCUUGUAUCAAUUCUAUAACCGGUUCCGGUUCGAACUUCAAUGCUGUGCGGCGCCGUAUUGCACAAGUUUGUCUUCAUAUCCAUUUCGAGAACCUGAUCAAUUCUUUGAAGACGUCGGAAAAGAAGGGAUUUCCUAUAAGGCGCAAUGGUCGCUCGAUUUCCACGAUUGCCAGGGAUUCAAUUUUACAGGCUCUCCAUGGCCAUCCAUUCUUUCCACGGAAAACAGAUCGGGAUAUACUGAGUGACCAAUGCCGCUGGGGUGAGCGUUGGUGGAAAAUGGCUACUUGCAUUGGCCUUGGUGUUUUGAUUCUAGCCACUGACGACUUGGCAAGUCAAAUAGGCAAAAGGACAGCAUUUCGAAAUAAAAUGGUAGAUACGUUGGGCAUUUAUCUUCUGAACCGCUACCCAUCUAUUGCUAGUCUCUACCAAAUAUUUGAGCCUUUUGCUGUUGGCCUUAUGCUAAGUGGUGAUAGAUCUUGCUCUCAUGAAGACCUAGACUAUUUCCUACAAGCACUUAUAAAGAGUGGACCACAUAAGCCAGACAAGCCGGAGAAAUGGCAUUUGCUCAAUCUCGAAUCCCAAUCGCAGCUUGCGGCUUCUCGUCUGGUCUUAUUACAGCGUUCCCAGGCUACUAUUACCAAUCAAAAGUGUUGA